GCAGCAUCGACGGAGCUUUCUGCCGCGCUGCCCAUAAAACUUGCGGUUCCAUCAUCAAACAAAUCAAUCAAUUGACGCCGUAUUCAGCUGUCAUUGCCAUUUUUCUAUUCGAGAUGUUUGCCAGAUCAGCUUUCCGCGCGGCCCAGCCGCUGAAAAUGCAGGCUCGCCGCUAUGCGACCGAAUCCGCCCCCAAGAGCGGCGGCUCUAACCCCAUCGUCUUGAUCGGUGCUGCUGCUGCUGUCCUCGGCGGCGGCUACUACUACAUGAACAGCGCACCCGCCAAGGUCCCCGUUGUCCCUGCUAAGCCUGCCUUUACUGGUGGCGAUCAGGGCUUCAUCUCGCUCAAGGUCUCUGAGGUGGAGGAUGUCAACCACAACACCAAGCGUGUCCGCUUCGAGCUCCCCGAGAAGGACAUGGUCUCUGGUCUCAACGUUGCCAGUGCCGUCUUGACCAAGUUCAAGGGCGAGAACGACGCCAAGGCUACUCUCCGCCCCUACACUCCCGUCUCUGACGAGGAUGAGCGCGGCUACGUCGACCUCCUCGUCAAGAAGUACGAGGGUGGCCCCAUGAGCACUCACAUCCACGAGCUUACUCCCGGACAGUCUCUUGCCAUCAAGGGCCCUCUCCCCAAGUACGCCUGGACUGAGAACAAGCACAGCCACAUCGGCCUCAUUGCUGGCGGCACUGGCAUCACCCCCAUGUACCAGCUGUGCCGCAGCAUCUUCAACAACCCCAACGACAAGACCAAGGUUACCGUUGUCUUUGGCAACGUCACCGAGCAGGAUAUUCUCCUCAAGAAGCAGCUUGACGAGCUCGAGAACACAUACCCCCAGCGCUUCCGCGCCUUCUAUGUCCUCGACAAGGCCCCCCAGGGCUGGAAGGGUGGCUCUGGCUUCAUCACCAAGGACCUUCUCAAGACUGUUCUCCCUGAGCCCAAGGAGGAGAACAUUAAGCUCUUUGUCUGCGGUCCUCCCGGCCUGAUGAAGGCCAUCUCUGGCCCCAAGGUCAGCCCUAAGGACCAGGGCGAGCUUGCUGGCUCUCUCCAGGAGCUUGGCUACAACAAGGACCAGGUUUACAAGUUCUAAAGAAAUUUGCGGUAUUGGAGAAACAGGAAGUGUACGAUUGGCCAUGGAUGGCGAGGUAUAUAUAGACAUUAGACGUGGUAGUAGAUCGACUCAAAUGACAGCGAGGCUCCAGUGCUACACAACGCACCAACCAACUAUCAUUGUGACAGACGCCAAAAAACACGUACGGCGCCACUGGCGUUUCGUAUAGAAAGCGAGAUGAGGCGAUUCAGUGCAGUUUGUGUCUUCUUCAGCUCGUAAGUUUUUGCUGUGGGCAGUGGAUCGGCACUCGCGCAGGGGAAAGGUCAGCCGCGCUGACGGUUUCCACAACGUGAACCCGCAAGGCUACUAGGCUGCUGCGGUGCGAGGUUAAAUAAAAAUCUUAUUUUUCUUUCCCAUUCCCCCUAUCCAUUGCGGAUCUGCAGCCCAUUUAUCUUAAUCUGGUAAACACUGCGGUACAGUCUUUGUUUUAUGGC